GACGAGAUCUCGCGCGCGGUCAGUCAACUUUGUUUUUGAACUUUAUAUGCGAUUUUGCUGACCAUCGCAAUGUCCGUCAUCGCCGCGCACGUCCUCUCGCCGACGUCGCUGUCCCCGCCGUCCUCGCCAUGGGCUCCACAGUCUCGCCGCCAUGUCCCACGACUCCCAGCAGUCCCCUACCAGCGGCAGCGGGUCCAACAACUGGACAGACCCGCCGUGGACGGGCUUCAUCGAGACGACAGGUGACGCGCUGCUCAUCCUCGAAGCGGCGCGGCGCGGUAUGAUUCCUCGCGUCACCCGACGCCUCGUCGAUUCCGAGCGCAAGAUGAUCACCUCGGGCUCUGUCUUCGUCUUCGACGAGGACGAGAGCGGCAUCAAGCGAUGGACGGACGGGUUCUUCUGGAGCCCGAGUCGUAUAUUGGGCAAUUUCCUACUCUACCGCGAGACGGAGAAGCGCGGUGCAGGGCAUAGGAGCGCCCGUGUUGAGCAGCAAGAAGAAGUGGACGCGAAGGGCGAGGGGCAGUCGCUGAGCAGGCCAAAGAGUGAGGCACACCGUCUGACGGGCGUCGACCGCCAGCGCGAGCGCAGCCUUGUAGGCAGCCUCACGAACAGCUACAAGUUCAAGCCAGGUGGAUGAUGAAGAAGGUGCGUCAUCCGUUAUCUCACCGAAACGGUCUCCCGUAUUGAAUAUCCUCAAGACUUUCUCCCUGACUAUCGGUGGCGUCGCCCAGCACCUCAUAUCCUACUACAAGAUCGAGGAUGUCGAGAAGGGCCGCCUGCGCUCGCCGUCGUCCCUGCCUGAACUCGCCUCGCUCGACAUUUCCCCAGAGUACCUAGACAAGACACAUUUCCGCAACCCGCCCAAAGUCGAGGUCGGCGUUGACGGCGUCCCGCGCUACCGCGGCGACGCUGACGACAGCGAGUCCUCGCCGACGCUCUUACCCGCGCCGCUCUCGGGCAUGCCAAUCUACCCGGACAGCAGCGAUUCUUCCAAGCGCGGCAAGCAGCGCUACGGCCCCUACGACGGCAGCACCUCCAACAAGCGGCGCAAGAAGAGCUCCGCGUCUAACCCUGGCUCCUCUCCGGUGGAACCGACUUCUCCCUCAUCCG